AGCCCCGCCCCUUUCCCGGCUUCCUCCUCCCCUCGACUCUACCCAGCUUGCGCUCCCCAGCCACAAGUCGGUCGCGCUUUCCCCUUCAGUGCUUGGAGCUUUCUGCGUCCCUUCCCGCUGCGCCUGCGCGGUCCCGCCUCGCCCCACGCGCGGGCUCGCGCUUCGGUUUCCCCAGACCUGCUCGCAGCACCCUGCUCUCUUCCCGGUCCGGCCCGCUGCCCGCGGCGCCAGCACCAUGCUCUUCUAUUCUUUUUUCAAGUCCCUUGUGGGCAAGGAUGUGGUCGUGGAACUAAAGAAUGACCUGAGCAUCUGUGGAACCCUCCAUUCUGUGGAUCAGUAUCUCAACAUCAAACUAACUGACAUCAGUGUCACAGACCCUGAGAAAUAUCCUCACAUGCUAUCAGUGAAGAACUGCUUCAUUCGGGGCUCAGUGGUCCGAUACGUGCAGCUGCCAGCAGAUGAGGUCGACACACAGUUGCUACAGGAUGCAGCAAGGAAGGAAGCCCUGCAGCAGAAACAGUGAUGGCUCCUCCUCCUCUUCCCCUCCCUCUUUCAUUGGUGACCCAUAACCCGAAGUCCCAGCCCAGAACCCCUAACCCCCAAUACUUGAAGGGGUUUUGUUUUUUUACUAAUGAUGGUUUUGUGGGGUUUUUUUUAAGGGAUGAGUGGAUGAGAGGAAUAAUAGGGAACAGCUAUCCUCUCUUGAGAAGGGGAGGAUAAGUAGGCUGGGAAACUUCAAAGCCUUCCCAGUCCCCAGCACCUGCCUUUCUCACUACUUCCCUGGAGAUGGUGGGAGAGUUUCCUAGGUCUUUCCAGGGCAGCAUGUGAUUCAUUUGGGGAUGGAAGGAAUCUGUCCCGCAUCGGGAAUAAAAUUUAUGAUGCAAA